UAGUCAAGCGCAGUGCUCUGAUCUGACGCAUCCGUGAACUGGAACGUGCUUUCAUAUCAUGAGGGCAAGGGACCUCGGUACUGUAUCUCUGACUAAUGCCUUUUCCCAAGGCUAAGUUGAAAUCACACGGUAUUCGGAUGGCAAGUCCAGCAUUGGUCGUGUCGUGUUGCGUGUCAUGCGCGUUACUUACAGCAAAAGUUCGAAUGGCUGGAAAAUCUGUUGAACCUAGCAAUCGAGACGCCACUUUUUACGGUGAAUGUUCUGUGGGCUUUAAGUUUUCUUUUGGCGGACUAAACUAAAGUUUUGAUAUCCAGCGAUGUCAUUGGAGUACUACGCAUGUCGUCAUGGACUCCAAACGUCUUUGGUACAUUCUGUGGACUGUACUCUGGAUCAUCGAGCAUCGGGAGUGCCACAGCAUUCCAACAAAGACUGUACCUUGCAAGUUUGAGGACAACUUCUGUGGCUACAAGCAGGACCCAACCGAUGAUUUUGAUUGGUCGAUGGCCAGCCAGGGUGUUUGGGAAACUCUGCAAUAUAAACCAAAUAAUUACAUUUGUGCCUUCCGGAACGCAACCAGUCUACGUCCGGGGAGCCUUGCUCGUUUAGUCUCGCCGGUCUACGAGGUCACGACCCCGUCUCUGCUUAGUCUCCAGUUUAAGCAUUUCAAGACCGAAGGGGAUGGCAGCCGCCUUCGGAUCAGCGUGCACGCUACGACCAAGAUAUUUGGAGGUAGACGUGACGACCAACCGUUCUUUCGAAUACUCGGCGAGCUGAAGACCGAGUUGCCGUGGACGACACUGGAGGGAAGGAUUGACGUAUUUGCUCCAUUUCAGUUGGUGAUAGAGGCAGAGGUUGGGUACUUUACGAGGAGCAUCAUAGCAGUUGAUGACAUCAUCCUCACGUUAAAUGCGUAUCCAGUCCAACCUCAAACAAGCGUCAAUGAUUCAGCACAGCAAAAUGCACUGGGCGGUCGCCAAGAAGGCGGGGCAAACGAUGCCCUUACAUUAUGGCCUAGUCUGACGUCACAAGAUGUAGGGGGCCGGCCAUCCCACACAGAGGGCGCCUCGCAGGAAGGAAUGGCGGGUUCGGACGAUGAGGGCGUCUCUCUGUGUUUUGUCCUGGCGCUGACGUCAUCAAGCUUGCUUGUCAUCGUGUUGGUCAUCUUUAUGAUUGUCUUUCUGUCCCUCACAAGAAAUAAGAGACGAUUCCGCAGAUUUAACUUCAGCCACGACUACGAAGAAAUCAAAGGCAAAGAGGCGUACAACCAAACGACCUCCGUGUCCGCCAUGGCCAUCAUGAAAGAACGCCCUCACCCCCGCCUGAUCUACCACAACCGUCACACCAGCUUCUCUCGCAUCCAGAGCCUGUCGAGCUGCCUGUCCCGACUGAGCAUGCGUGAUAGUCUCCACUCCAGCAUCUACGCCGAGAUCACGGAUGCAGACCUGGACCUGGAUGGCGACAUGUCGGACCCUGGAAUCGGUAAUUGUACGACAAUGACCACGACCUGCACAGGGACCUGGGACAUCUGCAGCAGCAGUGAAAGCAGUAGUGGCAGCGACAACACGCUUGCCGGGGGGUCUCAUAUCACCGCUUCCUCGAUCAAUAAACUUUACCCUAGCCUCAGUGACGAGGGGAGUGUCAGUCAAAAUGAUAGCGGCUGGGUUGAGAACAUUAUCUACGAGCGCACCUCCGAUAUCAGUAGCUUUGACUCUACUGGCGGACGCUUUGGCUUAAGUAACGCCUUUAAAGGCUUCGGCUGCAGCAAAGCGGCGGCUGGAUUUAAGUCUAGGCAGCGUGUGCACUCAGUGUAGUCGGCAACCAGCACCCCCCCCCCAUUUUUGAGGGAACAAAAGCUUAAAUAUGUAAAUACGGAAGUAUGUGAAAACCAAAUUUUUUGUAUUAUACUUAAUGAAUGCUGUUUAAAAUGGCAACACAAGUUUAAACUUGUUAAAAGUGGCAGAGUGGACUUUGUACAUUCCUGCAUGCUGCUGAAAAAUUCCCAUCCCAAUCAAAUAAAUCGCAAAUACUAAAUCACAAAUAGUACUGCAAACUGUUGGCUGACCACAGUGGCCUAUACAAAAGUUCAAGGACCUGACGUUUACGUUUCAAUCCUAGCAGAAUCUUUUUCAAAAGCAUGUAGACUUCAACAAUUUCUAUCCCUGCUUUAGUGGGGAGCUGUAAUUUAGGGAAAAUCUAUUCCUAAACCAGUUAAGAAAAAAAUUAUAUGAUCAUACAUUUACUCCAACUGCAAAAAAGUGACAAGAUAUCCACCAAAGACAGUCGAGAAUUGUCAGUUUCGGGCCAAGUCUUUACCCCGACCACCAUCCCUCAUGACGUGGAUGUCGGGUCGAGUCAUGCCCGGAAAUUUUACUCCCUUUAAUCGCGAAAAGCUUUCCCUUUUUCUUUUUAAUGAAACUAAACUGGAUUUGCUGAUAGAUUCCAACGAUUCCUAUAGCCCUGGGAAGAGUUCCAGUUGAACAUAUUUUGUAAAUACAUACCGUUUGAAUACACCCCGUUUUGACGCUCUGGAAUGUAUCAUAUCACGCGUAUUAGUUUUAAUCAUUGUAGAAAGUCAGUCAGGCAGUGUUACAUGUACAUCUAAACCUUUCGUUUCCUUCUUAAACGUGUUUUAACACCUGUCAGCAACAGCUACCUGUAUAUUUGUCUGCCUAUCUGUACUUUGACGAGUCUCAGUCAAUUCUGUCCUUCCUUUGUGGCCUUUGCUUUCACGUAAACCGGGAUUAUAAGAAUAUGUCAAUGGAAACCCAUGCCUUAACACGCGUAAUAAUUAUUUCCCCGUGAAGUUUUGAGAUGAGGAAAAUCAUCACUUUUAGUUUCGAAUCUCAGUAUCAUGUUUAUAAAAACAGGCUGAACCCUUUUACAAAUAAAAAUUUAAAAAUU